AUGAGGGUAUUGGAGAGUUUGAGGGAGGAGACUUGCAUAGACCUGAGCAAUGAGCAUCUGAGCAAUUUUCUGGAGAUUGAUUCAUUAUUUGUAUACAAACACUAUGCUACUCUAUAUUGCGUGCUUGUUUUUGAUGGUUCAGAGAAUGAGCUUGCUAUGCUUGAUCUUAUUCAUCUUCUUGCUGAAAGAGUACUAGACAAAUGCUUCAGCAAUAAUGUCUGUGAACUCGACAUUGUGUUCAACUACAGCAAGAUGCACACAGUGUUAGACGAGAUAGUGUUUGGAGGACAGGUUCUGGAACCUAGUUCCAUGGAAGUCAUGAAGGCUGUUUAA